AUAACCGGCGAGAGCAAUUUUGAAAUGUACGACGCGAUGAAAUCCGCAUCUGCUAGUAACGCUCCGGCGGAGAUGAGCGUUAGCCCAGCCACAGUGGAGAGUCGCAUCGGCUCCGGCGAACACGAGAUGCAGUUUCUCAGCGAAUCCAUUCUACCCUUGCCUUCUUACGCCGUUAAGGAUCUUCUCUUUCGGCUACUCGGAAUCGAGCAACAAGUUUAUUUUUCUUCCUCAUUUUCACCAUUGCUACUGUGUUCAUUUCUUGAAGAAUCAACGUCUCCGGAAGCAGAAGUCGAGUCGGAAUUUUGCAGCGUUUGCUUAGGUAUAUUGCAAUUCAAGUGGCGCGAUGAUAAGGAAACAUUAGUGAAAAAGGAGAGCCCCAAUGAUAUGACUGAAUUGAUUGCUGAGAUAGUGAAGCAAGAAGGCCAUCAGAUCGAUAGCUUUUCUCUUGAAGUAUCUGUACCACAAGCAAUACUGGAGAACGAAUCCACGAUUUUGUCAGAUAUGAAAAGGAAAUAUGGAUCUGAACUCUGGUUUCAGGAAAAGUCACUUUCAGAACCUAAUUCUGUUAAGGAUGCCCUAAAAUUUGCUAUAGUCAAACCACUGGAAUCAUUAUUGGGCAUUAAAUCUAGUAUAGAUUCUUUCCGAAUCCGUUUGACAUAUACAUCCACAAAGGUAUCAAAAAUGGUUCAGAAUUCUAGAGGUAGGAUCAACGAUUGCAAAAGGCAGAAAACAGACACUAACAAUGGGUUGCACUCUGUUAAUGAUGAGUCAAUAGUUGCUGGUGCUGAAUGUUCAGAUCAAUCCAAUAUUGAGACAAAUGCUGCUGCUGUGAGGCCUUCUAACAGUUUGCAAGCUUGUGAUGCUUCUGAGUGCCUUGGAUUCUCCAGAGAGAAGGUCAAUGAACCUUGCCACUUGGAAUUACAAUGCCACAGGACACCUAUUUACCUUGGCGGUAGAUACCUGAAGUACUCAAGAAAUGUGAGUCAAACAUGCUGGAUGAUUGAUGAAGAAAGGAUGGGAGAAGCAUCUGUUGAGCUACUGGCGACUGCUAUGGCUUCCCUUGUUAUGCAUUACCAAGUCUGUUCCUAUCAAUACUAACAGUUCAAUGUGUUUGGUCCUCUUUUUUGUUUGCUAGGAGAUAAUGGGUGGCAACAUUAUUCCUAUGUGUAAAGGUGAUAAUUACAAGUUUCAUGCUGCUGGCAGAGAAGAUAUUGACGGUGGCCUUUCCUAGUUUAGAUACAAAAUGCACACCAAAUCCCAUCAGAGGCAAUUGUAAAAGAAAUUGAAACAAGGAUAAAUGGCUUGGAAAAUAAAUUAGUCGGAGUUGAAAAUCUUGAAGUAGUGGGCAGUGAGGGUUGGACACUGAUGUGUGAAGGAGAAUCAGAGAAGCAGAAAAUUAUGCAACAGACUCCAAUAAGAGUGCUCCAUCGUCAAAGUCUGUUGGAGCGGGAAAAACUUAUAAAUUGGUCAGAGGCUUUCCAUUUAUAUUGCACAGCACUGUCAUUUGGUUCAUGUCAUGUCUAGUUUCAAAACACCCGAAACAUUUCCAUUUUCUUUUCUUUUUCUUGAAUCUUGUUUAGGAUGAAAAUUGAGAGGAUUGCUGGAAGCUCUCAAUAUUUUCUACUGUACCUCUGCACUCAGGCAGGCACAUAUAUCAAGGAAUUUGUUCAUGGGGAUCUCGGGCGGAGUCACCCAAGCGUUGGAUCAAUCCUUGGAUGCAGAGCAGAGAUACUGCAACUUGAUGUUACAGAUGUCAAAAUGGACUGUUUUCUAACUGGGUGAGGCAAUGCGCAUUCCAAUUUAGUUUUUCAUGUAUCUGAACCGUAGUUUUGUGUUUUCAUCUUAAUGAAUUACUUAACUGCAAUUUUGCGGUAAAGCCGGGUUUGUCCACAAAGGAUGCCAAUAUAUCCACCCUUUUGGU